UUGGUUUAAUCUCCGAGUCUGUCCUCAUCGACGAAACAGCCAUCUCGAAGGCUUAACAAUGCCAACUGCGUGACCUUUUUGACGUUCGGGCGCGCCGGCCUUGCAUCGCAGUCAGCUGUUGACGGUGGUCACGUUGUUUCGUUUGUAUCGCGGUUGCUGUUCACGUGCGACAACUGUCAGUGCGCUGUUCGGUAGUGUGUCAACAGUGCAGCGCCGGACCGGAGACCAGAAACGUUCCGGCAAGUUAGGAGGAAGUGUUUCGUCGUAACAUCAUGGCUGGUUUGAAAACAACGUUCGGUCCCGACGUGCGCAAGCGAGCACUCUACGGCAAACGUGCGCUCUUCGUUUUGUUGUUUAUAAUUGCAGUGACUAUCAUUUCACUGCUAAUUACUGUCCUGGUGCGUGCAUUGCUCAUCGAGACUCCAGAUAUGCCGUGCGCGUGGCCGGACAACGAACAGGAGCUGGCUAUUAAUGAAAGUGACCGCCAUCUCUCUGAGAGGCUAGCAUCUGCCCUGCGAUUCCCCACUGUCAGCACAGGUCCACACGAGUACAAUCGGGAGGCCCUGGUGGAUUUUAGACUGUUUCUUGAGAAAGCCUUUCCUCAUGUCCACUCAUCUCCCUUGGUCAAACGCCAUGUGGUGGCCAACUAUAGCCUCCUGUACGAGGUCCAAGGUUCGGAUCCCGACCUGAUGCCCUACAUGCUCUGCGCGCACAUGGACGUUGUUCCUGUCAAUGCCGCUAAGUGGCACCACCCGCCAUUCGCCGGGCAGGUGGUGGACGGGGAAAUCUGGGGCAGGGGUGCCAUUGACGCCAAGGACAUCCUCAUGGGCAUCAUGGAGGCACUCGAGUUCCGUCUGGAGCAGAGGGACCUGCCUCAACGCAGUCUCUUUCUGGCCUUUGGCCACGACGAAGAGGUCGAAGGUCGGGACGGUGCGGCUGCCAUCGGACGUUUUCUGCGCGAAAAGGGCGUCAAGCAACUGGAAUUCAUUCUGGAUGAGGGCAUGAUGGUCUUGGAGAGAAUGCUGCAGGGACUGAAGAAGCCCGUCGCUUUAAUAGCAGUGACUGAGAAAGGCUCCAUUAUGGCUCGCGUGUCGGCGCAUGGAACCAGUGGCCACUCUGCAGCCCCGCCUGUCAACAAUGCAAUCGUUGCACUGUCCAAGGCAUUAUCCGGCUUCCAUGGCCAGUGCCAGCCUGCCCAGCUUAGUCGUUCCGUGGUGGCCGAGAUGCUGACUGCUUUGGCUCCUGAGGUGCCGUUCCACUUCCGACUAGCUCUGGCCAACAUCUGGCUCCUUGGACCUGCCAUUGGCUGGUUCAUGUCUCAGAGCCAGCAGAUGGACCCCAUGAUUCGCACCACUACCACAGUCACUCGCAUCAUGGGCGGUGUCAAGGACAACGUGGUUCCAGCGGAAGCGUAUGCCUACAUCAACCACCGAGUGCAUCCGUCCCAGACGGUGGCUGAGGUUCUAGCGAUUGAUCAGCAGCUGCUAAGUGGACUUCCGAACGUGUCGAUGGAGGUUCUCUACGCCAUGGAGGCGCACCCGGUGUCACCACACAGUCAGGACGUCCUGGGUUAUCGUGCCAUUGCCUGCAGCGUGCGCAAGAUCUUCCCUGAGGCUAUUCCCGUUCCCGCCUUGUCGAUAGGCAACACAGACACACGGCACUACCUGGACCUCACCCGCAAUGUGUACCGGUUCUCACCAGCACUUCUCACACCGCAAGAAGCCUCUCGGCGUUUCCACGGUGAUAAUGAACGUAUUUCGCGGCCAAACUAUGAGCGGCUCGUCAACUUUUAUCGCCUCGUCAUGCGCUACGCCGAUCACACCAACGUCUCCUCACAGUCCCGUGAUGAACUCUAGCGGGCUGCCAAGCCUGCCCUAGCACCUUGGUGGGCAAAGUUAUGCAAUAUUGUGUUGUGUUUGUUGGUGUCAGAGUAAGAUAGAAAUUGAGUGAAGUGUGACUACCUUAGCAUGCGACAUUCAGGUAACAAAGCAUACAAUGUAACAUUUUGCUGGGAAACCCAUCAGCAAAUUUUUGCUGAUGGGUUUGAGAGUUCAUCUGCCAUUUCUUUUUACUCUUUCACGAAGCGCAUAUGGAAAGCACUCAUAUUUGCGGUGUAUUUAUGAUUGCAUUUUACUUGUUGAUUGUAAUGGACUGUAGCGACAAACUGUGGCCUAGUAUAGACAAGUCACUUGUAAUGACUGUAUGUUUCCUUGCAAGUGUAUUUUAUUCUACUUGACUAAUUUUAUUAUACAGAUAUGUCACAAGAAAGAUAUGCAGCUGCACUAUUAGUAAAUGGUCACCAAUUUUUUUGCAGUGAAGUAGUUUUAUGUGAUAUUUUCACAACCACACAUCAGUGGAUUUCAAGAAGGAGGCAGCAGGAUGUGACAGCGUCUAGAUAUCUUAUGCAUGUGUAGUUUGUCUCUUGCAACAUCACAAACAGUGCCGACCGGCCUGUUCAUUUUUAGUUGUGCAAUACAUUUCAGUGACUGCAACGGUGCACAUUUACUCACCCAUGCACUUAGAGUGCAACGAGACAUAGAGCACGCAGUCGUGUUUUAGGCGUAUAUAAAUUUAUUCACAGCAUAGAGACUACUUUUAAGUCACAGCGCCAAGUUUUUAAUAUUUUUAACUUGUGCGCUUUUUUCGUUUUGGUUCAUCUAGUACCGAAUAGGGCAAAUGUGCCAAAAUGGAGCUAGCUUAGGCAGCUAGCAUUUAUUCUGCUGUGAGGAAAUGCGGAAGUGGUGUGCAGAGACAGUGUGCAGUUGCAUUUAUUGAUUCCCAUAUAAACGAUGCUAAUAAAAAUAAGUAGGUCGAUUUAAACUUUAAGGGCAUUUCCAGAACCUAUUGUAGUUUUUUUAAUGAGAUGUUUUGUUUGUAAAUUGAAAAACAAAUGCGAGUAUUUUCUUUAAUUUUAUGCUUAAGCUCCGAAGCUGUUCACGAGAGCGCUAUACUGCUGACCUCAUUACAAUUUUUUAGUGUGACGUUACUUAAACGUUUUAAAGUUUGAAAAAAACAACCUUAGGUUACAGUAUAUAUUUUCUUUGGCAUGACAAAUGGCGAUUCUUAAGUAGGCACUUGCGCAAUUUGUGGUUUUAUGCAGUUACUUGUACAACUAAGUAGACUAACAAAUUACCGAAAGUGGCAUUGUCAUUCUUCUUUCUUUUUUUUUUUUCUUCUUUCUCGACUUGCCAAACAUCCACUUGGGAUAAGCAUGCCUGGUUAUGCCAUUACGGAGGUUAAGCCUGCUCAUGUAGCUCAUCUCUUUUUCUUCCUUAGCGUCUCUCUAAUGGGACUGAAAGGCUGCUUGUGUGUCUAUCGUGAUAUUGUGGGAUUAAGAACAAUAGGUCCUCUUAAGCAUUACAGCUAUGGCAUUAGAAUUUUGUCACAGAUGUUUUAUCAAAGUUUAUUGCAUGCCACAGUUUUAAAGCGCUUUACUGCUCUGUACUUGCUGCAUCUUUACCACUGCCAACGAAGCCUGCCAGCCAGAUAAUUGGUUCCUAUGUAAGCCACUCCUGAGGCAUUAUCUUGUGCACAGUCUUCUUCUUUUUUUUUGUUUCCGUUCACAUGCUUGGCCAGAAGCGAUGUGUCAUCAUUCAACAGCCAACUUGUGAGCAACGGAAUGAGCUGAAAUCGAGACAUUUGCUUACUGAACAAUGGCUGAACUUGUACAAAAUUGCAGCACAGAUGCGUGUGAAGUAUGGGAUGGCUAGCACUUGGAAAAACUAGCACGUGGCAUAGAGAGAAUCGUUGUAGUGGGAGUGGUACACUAAUCUCUCUAGAGGCGGCAGAUAGGAAAGGCUUUUAUGAGCUUAACUGUUCUCAGCAACACUGAUAUGAGAUCAGAUUGUGCUGUCUGUGCAAUUUUCAGAAAUGCUAAGCGUAUGUCAGCAAAAAAAAAAGUAGAGCUCACUCAGACUUAUUCAAGAAGUGUCUCUUGCACCUUGGACUCGCUCAGACUUGGACUCGCACUCACAAAAAUUUUCUUCGAACGAAGUUACUCGAACUUAGACUGAUGAAAAUAUUACUCACUCGGACUCAGACUCAAACGCAAGCUUUAUCUGAGUUUGUGAGUCCAAGCGAGUCGACUCAUCGUGAGUUCGUCGACCUAUGGUGCUGCGGGAAAAUCCUGAAUACUGGAGCAAGCUCAUUGACUGCACUUGAUAGUCAUCCUGUGCAGUGAUGUGCAGAGAAUCUUACAACUAAAGGUCAUUGCUCUCUUGUAUUUGUUAUGUUUUGCAUGUGGCGCACUCAUCUGGUCGUAAUUUUUACGAACUCUUACUGUAGAAAAAUUGUGUUCCUCAUUUGUCCAGCCAUACUUUUUAAGUCUUGCACGAAAUGUAAUUUUUGUUUUUGCAAGUGAAUACUUUAUAAAAAAAGAGGCAUGUUAAAUCAGAGUUACGUCCAGUACUGUAUCAAUGCAGCUGCCAUUUAUGGUUGUAUGUAUGUGCAUAUGUGUUUGUGUUUGUACAUGCACAAUUUUAUACCCACAUGGGACAUUUGAAAGUGUAAACUAGCUACCCUGCAUAACAUGAUUUUAUUUUCUUUUUGAUGUUCUGCUAUGCUCUGUUGUCCAUUUUUCAUGUUCGCUUUUUAGUAGUUGUCUCCACAACAAAGCAAGUCACAAGGCGUAAAAAUGGCACAUAUUAGUUAAUCUUACCUCUGCCAAAUGGCUUUAUCAUGGCCCCAUUUGAUAAGUGUAUUGUUUUCUCAAAUGUGCUGUGUGCAAUGCAAAAGGCUUGAAGUUGGCUGCACUAGUCAGUGGAAAGUCUCACCCAAUUAUAACAACCAUACAUAUAAACAUGUCUGUCAUUUCUGACUGCAUUUUCAGUGUAUCUACAGUAUUCCAAGUGUGCCUGCUGACUACAUUCAGAUACUUACUGAGCAUGUUUAUUGAUAAUUGCUAAGGUCUGACUUGCAAAAGCAGAGAUAUUAUUAUGAGGCAUGUUGGAGACAGGGGUUCUCUAACAGGCAUGUAAUUCUCUGUACAAAACUGUUCUUCGCAUUUUACUCCAUUGUAAUGUGUGUCAGCUGUGACUACAAGCGGUCCUCUUCUGUGACUAUAAUGCCCUCUUCAUGGCAUUAUAAUUAUAAUGCCCAAUACCAUGAGAUUUGGAUACCUUCAAGAGAAUGUAAUGAACUAGGUUGACAUUUUCAGAGUUGCUGAAUGCAGUUUACACUUCUAAUGUUUGAUCCAAUGAUUGUAAUGUACAGUCGAAUCUUGAUAAUUCAACUCGAAGGGACUUGAAAAUUUGUUCAAAUUAAAAGAAGUUCGAAAUAAUGAAAGCUAAAUGUACGGAGAGCUCACCAUGCAGUGGCGCAUGUGCAUUGAGCCAACACAGGAGAGAAAAGCUUCAGAAGACUUAAAUUUAUUCACAAAUCGCAGGACAUUCGUCAUCAAUUGAAGUAAUCGGUGAUGUGCAUCUGCACAUGUUUGCCUUGCAGCGAAUCAAUCAAUUUUGCAUGCAGUUUCCAAAGCGUUUCAAUUUCGGCUUUAGCAUUUACCUGGCAAGAGAAGUCCAGUGCCAACACUCUCUCAAGACGAUAGCAACGACUGCGUAAUGAUAGCCACCCUCUGCGCCCAUAGGCACUGUGCCGUGCUCUUUACUGGGCUGCAGAAAUUAAGUGCCUUUUCCUCUUCUAACCACUACCACCACCUCUGCGCCGCAGCCGCAGCGUGGCCUGCACUUGACGAGAAAGGAGGAGCGUCUCCACCCGGAGAGAAGCAGAUCGGCAUUUGAGAUAGAACCAUCGCUGUGCGACAGCUUCUGCUUCUUUUUUUUUUUUCUUUCCAUGGGGCAUUUAAAGGAAAAGAGUCUCUUCGUAGCAGGGACAGAAAAGAGAGAAAGAAGCAUAGUACAGGCCUGUCGCAGAGCGCAUAUGAGAGAGAGAAAACAUUUCGUCGCAGCCUUUUUUUUCUUGCUUUUCUUUUUUUCAUUCUUCGCGUGCAGCGUUCAGGUAUUGGAGGUGCCGCCGCGAGAUUGGGCACGGUGCCAAGAGCAUUUUCGGAGUACGGUAUGUUCGAAUUAUCAGUCGCAAGUGCUCGCACACUCGAAAUACAGGGCGUUUUCGCCCAUUGGAAUACACAUAGCUUUGACAGCGUGAGUUCGAAUUAACCGGAAGUUCAAAUUAACCUUGUUUGAAUUAAUGAGAUUUGACUGUAUAUACAACGACAAUAUCCGAAAGAGAAACUUUGUGUUAAAUCACACUGAUAGAAACAAGAUGAAGCAAAAGGAUAAGCCUGUGCUAAUCGUUACAAUGUAAAGCUGUGUUGCAUGCUCUCAUGCCUAAUCGGCAUUUUGUUUACAGUAGCCUUUGUGGCUCGCAUUUAUUUCGCAAUGCUCUUGGCCACAAUUUUUAUAGUUUCUCAGUUUCGUGCAGUGUGCGAAAUGCAUCAUGACGAGACCUAAUGCGUUUCACUGGGCACAGUCAACUGGCAGAGUUGUCAAACACAUAAGAUUGUUCCUAAUUUUUACACUGAACUUAACGUCCUGGAAACAUUUGAAGGUUUAAAUUUUUUUACCCAGUCGUGCCUAUUUCUGCCUGGACAAUCAUGGAUGCCAUCGCAAGUUAGUGCAACUCUGUUCGUCACAUCUGUGAAGAACUUGGGUGUAUUUGUAAAAUGUGGGUCUCGCAUGCAGUCCUCUUUUUCUUGCGAUCUUUGAUGAUAACCACACAUCGCUUAAGUUGAUUUAGUCAACGUAAUGCUUCUGUGUUGCUCACCCGAUUUGUUUGUUACAAAAGAAAAGUUUAACCCGUUAGUUUCAUAUGCUUGAUUUUAUUUGUUUAUGUCUCGUAAGGUGUGCACCUUUGUGUCACAACAUACUCUGGUGGUCAGACGUAGCUGUGAUUUCAUUACACUGCUGAAACGAAACUCGGGUGCGGAAAACUGGUAGCAUUUUGUUUGCGCUGAUUUCACACCUGUGAAAAUCAUUCACAUCACACCCCUUGUGCUCAACAACAUUUGCUCGUCAUCUUAACCUAAUUUCUUACAAGGUAUUCCUGAUGCCGCUAGAGUGUAUUAUGUUACUUUGUCAUACAUUUCUGCCGGGCCUCUCAGGUUUGUGUAAACCACGUUACUGAGUACCUGUUUUGCGCUGUACUCUAUGUGGCUGGCAGCUCUGUUCUGUUUAUAUGUUGCGUGGAGAUAUGUUGGCAGCUUAAGCAGUUGAAUUUCAUUUUCCUGGCACACAUUGCACACAUCGUGCAAGCUACACCCAAGUACAAAUAAAUACAGUUCCUAUGCAGUUGGUUGUAUGACAAGUUGUGCCCAUUCAAUGAAUUUUUAACAGAAGGUUUCACAAGCAAGUUUGAUAAUUUUUCAUAAACAAUAAGAGUUCCAACGACCUUUCUGUCUAAUGAUGUGGGUUGACGAAUUAAGAUUGAAAGCAUGAUGUCAGUCAGCACCAAUCAGAUAGCAACACCAAGCACUUAGUGAACCUAGCAGAAAUCAUAGAUUUGGCGUAUCAUCCUUGUCUAAAAUUGGUAACAAAGUAGCUUCUCUAGAAAAUAUGUGAUCAAUACUCAAGAAAACUGGACCAAUAUAAUUCCUAUGCAUGUUACAACUAGUUUAUAGAUGUUAUGUUGCAACUGACGCAAUACAAAGGUUUCCGCGAGUGUGUGUGUGCCUUGAGCACCAACUUUCCUUCUUUCUGUAUAUCACAUUUUUUACGUUCGAAAUAAAACAUUACAGAUA